UCAAAUACUUAGUUUCAUUCGUUCAACGCAAUGCGCUUUCUGCUCUUCUUAGUACUCGCCACAGCGCUGGCAUUGGGCCAGGCACGCACUCUGCGCGAAUCGAGUGAAUCGCGAGAGUCGCCGGAGGCGAGUCCCAGCUGGUCGCACAGACACUCCUCGGUGUGGCCCUGCGACGUGGCCGAUCAUCCCCAGUCCUAUGUGCUGAUGCCCAAGGUGGAGAAGCGUCUGGAUCGCAUCGACAACGAACAACUCAGGAAGCGAAUUGUGGAGUACGUGACGGAUCAGCUGCGUCAGUGCAAGUCGCACGACCAAAUGGAUGAACACUGCGUGAAGCGAUCCAUUGGCUAUGCCAUGUCCUUCAUCAACCAUCAGAAAGAACAGGCGAAACGUUUGUGAAAUUCUUAAAAAA